AUGGUCGCCCUCAAAGUAUUUGCCUUUGCCAUGGUACUACUAACUUCGACCUUAGGAAUUGAUCCCACGAAUGCCAAGCCGGAUACAAUCAUGACUGACUGGAGGUGUAACGGGGACUUGUACAAGAAAGGUGACCCAUUUGCAGAUCCCUAUGUUCUCGAUGAUAUGGUCAAGGAAACUGCAAAUAGCACAGGCUACAACUACUACACUAAGUCGCCCUUUUCGAGCUUGGUAGCUUAUGGGCAGGUUACAUGCAACCGCAAACUUUUGUACUCUGAUUGCGUCACUUGCAUCAUGUCCGCCAGGGACCACGAGCAAAUUUUCUGUUAUAUGAGUGUUGGUGGCCAAGUGAUACUGGGAGACUGUACAAUGAAGUACGAGCAGUACUCUUUUACAGAUAAUUAA